GUGAUCUUGGAGCAUGCGGGAGAGAUACCAUAUAACAUUUCCUCUAUGGCAAGUUAAAGGAUUGGGAUUUAACCAGAUCUAAAUUUCAACUUUCACGAAUUGUUUAUGUCUGAAAGAAGACCUACUUGGUAGCAUGUCUGUGGGGAAAGCUCAGAGUGGUUAAUAUUGAUCCCAAUCCAGAAGUGGCAUCACAAGAACACCAAGAAGGCUACAAGGCUGACCUUGCUGAGAGCCCCUGAGAUACUGAACUCUAUGGGAGUGGAGACCACGCGACUGCACGCAGGACCUUUCAGGAUCAGGCCCUAGACACCCAGGGAGCGACGCUGCCGGUUUCCCCUUGCAGCCAAGGCAGGAGAGAGGAGGACGAGGGUCGGCACCCGGAGCGGGAAGGGCACUAAAUGAGAAUAUGGCCAAUGGCAUUGAAGAUCUUAUCGGGAUCCCAUUCCCAAACCACAGCAGUGAAGUCUUAUGUGGUUUAAAUGAGCAGCGGCAUGACGGUCUCCUCUGCGAUGUCAUCCUCAUUGUACAGGACCAGGAGUACCGGACCCAUCGGUCUGUCCUUGCUGCCUGCAGCAAGUACUUCAAAAAACUCUUCACAACUGGCACUUUAACAGACCAGCCCUAUGUUUACGAGAUUGACUUUGUCAAGCCUGAAGCACUUUCUGCCAUCCUCGAGUUUGCCUACACCUCAACCCUCACCAUCACCACCUCAAAUGUCAAGCACAUCCUCAGUGCUGCCAAGAUGCUGGAGAUCCAGUGCAUUAUCAAUGUAUGCCUUGAAAUCAUGGAGCCCGACAGAGAGGCAGAAGAGGAAGAUGACAAAGAGGAUGAAGAUGAUGAUGAAGAUGAAGACGAAGAUGAGGAGGAAGAGGAGGAGGAGGAAGAAGUGGAAGAUUUUGUCAAUCAGGAGAACCUAACUGAUGUCCAAGAAGUAAGCUGUCACCAAAGCCCUUCGAAGUCUGACCUUACUGAAGAAGCGUAUACAGAAGCACCUAAAGACUUCCCAAAUCACUACCCAGCCAAUAACUCCUCUGGACACUUGGGCGUCAUACGAGACUUCUCCAUUGAGUCUUUACUAAGGGAAAACUUGUACCCUAAGGCAAACAUCCCAGAAAUGAGGCCAGCUCUCUCUCCUUUCACCCCUAGCUUCUUCCCCCAUCUGUGGAACAGCAAUUUUAGCUCCUUUUCCCAGCUCGAGGAGCCACAGGUAGAAAACGGCCCCUUGGAUCUGGUGAUCAAAAAGAGAAAGAUCAAGGAAGAGGAGGAGAAGGAAGACCUGCCUCCGCCCCCUUUCCCUAAUGACUUCUUCAAGGACAUGUUUACCAACACCCCAGCAGCUCCCUUAGGGCAUAUUAAGGCAGAGACUGACUACAGUGCUUAUCUCAAUUUCCUAAGCGCUACCCAGUUUGGAGGAGUUUUUCCCCCGUGGCCCCUGGAGGAAGAGAGGAAGAUAAAGCCCAAGGCGUCCCAGCAAUGUCCCAUCUGUAACAAAGUCAUCAUGGGAGCCGGCAAGCUGCCCAGACACAUGAGAACCCACACGGGAGAGAAGCCGUAUAUGUGUAAUAUCUGUGAAGUCCGCUUUACCAGGCAGGACAAGCUCAAAAUCCACAUGCGGAAGCACACGGGGGAGCGGCCAUACCUGUGCAUCCACUGCAAUGCCAAAUUUGUGCACAACUACGACCUGAAGAACCACAUGCGCAUCCAUACGGGCAUCCGGCCCUACCAGUGCGAGUUCUGCUACAAGAGCUUCACCCGCUCCGACCACCUCCAUCGCCACAUCAAGCGCCAGAGCUGCCGGAUCGCGAGGCCCCGGCGAGGACGCAAGCCAUCGGCAUGGAGAGCGGCCGGCUUGCUCUUCGCUCCCGGUGGCCCGCCGGUGGAGAAGAGCUUUGUGAUGCCACCGACGUUGGAGGAGAUGAGCGGCCACCUCAGCAGCGCGGCCAUGUGCCUUCCUGGCCCCAGUCCCAAGCACUUUCUGAGCGGGGCCAAGACCCCCUUCAGCCUGCAAGAGCUGGAGAGCCAGUUUGAAGAAACCCAGAUGAAGCUCUUCAGGCGAGCCCAGCUGGACAUGGAGAGGAACGCGGGCAUCUUCGCCUUCGCCCUGGGCCAUAAUGAAAACCUUGCUGCCCAACCCUUCUUUCCCCUCCCUGAUCCUUGGAGCACGGGCUUCAGCGGCUUGGCAGGGCUCGGCCACGUGGCUCCCAUCUCAGAGUCAAGCAACUAAACCCACACCUGGUCCCAACAUGGGUCUGCACCCUCCCCAUCACGGCACCUGGCUCCCUGGGGUCCCUACCUGGCCUUUUGCAUCGUCUGGCUCCCAGGAAGCUCUUUGUCCCCUCACUACCGUGGCCUGCUUGGGGCACCAUGGGGCUUGGGGCACAGAGCCAUCCCUGGAGCGAGCGGGUGCUGUGCCCCAUGGCCAACGGCACUUUAGACUCUGUGAUGCACUUGGUGUUGAGACCGUGGGGCACUCUCUGCCCCAUCCAGCCACCCACAGCUUGCGGCUCCAUCCGGGAAGGCCAGGACAGGACUGCUGCUCUCUUCAAAGCUCCCGAAAAUGUCACUUGCCUUAGUCCAGGGCAUGGCCAUCACCCUGAGAUGACUCUUCUGGGGGUGAUGUUCCCCAUUUUCCACCCGUGGGGGCACUGGACACUGACAAACUGUCCAGACUUGGUUUUGAUCUGUUACAUUCCUUGGCCCUUUUGGUCAAAAGGACUUUUUUUUUUUUUUUAAUUAAUUCCCAUGUCUGGCAACAAAAUUUGUUCUACAAGGGAUAAAGGGGAGGGUCAAGCAGCCAUGUUGGGAUGGGGAGGAUCCCAGCCAUUGCCUUUCUCAGUGGUAUAUCAGACUUGCAGGGCUGGUGAAAGUCCUGCAGUACAGAAUGAGUUGGGACCCUAAAAAAA